CUGUCUCUGUCGCGCGCGCGCUCAUUACGCCGGAUGAAGCUGUAUUUCAGUCGUUUUCGUUUUUGAAAUGAUAGAACCUUUUUCGAAAUGACAAGACGAAAUCGUCUGAACCUUUUUAAAAUUGGUGUUGGUCUGGUCUACGUCCCAGGACUCGUUAAGGCGCCGGGCGCAUGUUUUUCGACGAGAAAAAAAAUAAAACAAGUCUCGCGAGAAAGAGAGCCUUAGCGGAGGCUUUUUAUAGUCGCUGCCCCGAUGCGCCCGCGCGCGGAAGUAUCGGAGCUUCAGGAUCGCCUUAAUCUCAUUCUAAUAAAAAGCUUACGCAUAAAUUGACGCGCUGUCAUUGAAGUUUGAGAAUUUUAAAAUAGUUUUUUUUUCCUUAUGACGUGUUCCGUUAACACGUUGUAAGAUUAUAUAGGUGUUGAAUUAUGUUCGGCACGUGCUGUUUAUUGUUAUUUUUAUGGUUGAGAUAUUAUGACGUUGUUUUAAUGUGGUGCCGCGAAAAGGGUGGUUUUCAAUAUUGACUUAUCAUUAGGACUUUAUCAUUCGAACUGUGUGGUCGUGUUUGUUUUAUGUUAUGAUGGAUUAACGUUAAAUGUGAUUAAGUGAUUUACUUUAUUUUAUUUUGUUUGAGGAAUUACUGCUUUGUCACAAUGUUUUUAAGAUUUGAGCCUACAAAAUCUACAAAGGGUGCAAGCAAGAUGCGUCGGGACCUGAUCAACGCUGAGAUCUCAAACCUUCGGGACCUGCUACCUCUGCCCCCUUCUACCAGGCAGCGGCUUUCACAGCUGCAACUCAUGGCCCUAGUCUGUGUAUACGUCAGGAAAAUGAAUUAUUUCCAACAGUUGUUUAAAAGUCACGACUUCACCUAUCACUAUCAAGAACAACCGACACCCACUCCUAAUAUUGGAUUCUCAAAGGCAAUGAACGGUUUUAUGAUGAUGAUGACGCAAAACGGAAAACUGCUAUACAUAUCGGAAAACGCUGCGGAAUACUUAGGACAUUCAAUGGAGGACCUAUUAAUCCACGGAGAUAGCGUUUACGACAUAAUAGAUAGACAGGAUCAUCAAACCGUUCAAAUGGAGCUUAACAGAGGAGAAAACUCAGAGACUGAAAACAUACCAAAGAAUAGACAUUUUUUCUGUAGAAUGAACGUCUCUAGAAAUGCACGACGACAAAUGAGAUUCGGUGACCAAAAAGUAGUUCUUGUAAGAGGGCAUUAUAUAUCAUACCUACCGCUGUGUAGUCGCAACGAGCCAGUGUUUCUAGCUGUGUGCACGCCCCUGGCGAUGCCAGAAACACGCGAGUGCGUUGUGCACGGCGCCACCAACGUAUUCACCACUGUCCACGCGGUCGAUAUGAAGAUACUACACAUCGACGCCAACGGCGAAUGGUAUUUGGGUUGGAAGAAAUCUGAAUUGACUGACGUUUCGUGGUACCAACUUAUUCACUGGGACAGCCUCAGAGAAGCCCAAAGCAAACAUAGAUUAAGUAAGUGCAAAAAACUAACUAAGAACGAGUCAGACUCAAGCGCUGAGAUAACCCAGUCAGAGCAGGACAAGUGUUGUAUUCUGCUAGUGAAAUUACAACAGAGGUCGGGUCAAUUUUUAUGGGUUCACGUGGUGCUACAAGUUAAAGACGCAGCCGACUCACCUAGACAAUUCAUCGUAGCUACUAACCAGAUAUUAAGUAUGAUAGAUCCCCGCUGCCAGAAGUUCUUCAGACGAGAACAGUGUUACCAGGAACCUUAUCAAGAGUCAUACCAGUACACAGAAAGCCAAGAAGUUGAUUAUGGUACAUAUCACGUGUCAGCUUACGUGCCGCAGAAGACAAUCGAUGAGUAUAGCGGAUGCGAACGGAUUUAUGCAGAAAGAGGCCCAGUGGAUUACUCAACCCAUUCACCACAAUCGACAAUAAGCGAAGAAAGGUCUCCCCACCACUACGACCCCCCUCCUGAGAUAGUGGUCAACAGCAACAUGUACAUGUAUCCACAUCAUGGUAAACGGGAAUAUUACGAGCAAUAUCCUAGAGUGGGGUAUCAUUCAACGGAGCCAUGUUCUACAGCUGUUAUCGAUGGUAUGGAAUAUCCAAGCGCAAAACGCAUGCGUCUAGCACCAGCUCCACUAACCCUGGAUGAAGCAGAUGGAAUAGAUAGAUGGAACCCCAGCCCACCAUGGUCAGACACCAACUUGAAAUUACAAGAAUAUAAUACCAGGUUCACAUACAACCAUAUGAUGCCUAUACCCAACACAGAAAGAGCUAUGGUCACUUAAUGUUUUAUUACUUUUGUAAUAUUAAAUAAUAUAAAUUAAUAAUGUCGUUGUAAAUAU